AUGGUGGGCAACCACUGCCAAAGGUAUCCUGGGAUGCUUACAUUUCCCCCAUUAGAACAGGCCUGUUCCGUAGCACUGUCAAUACAAAAUGCUACUUCACUCAACUUUUUAAAGCCUACACGUAUCUGUGGGCAAGAGUUCGGUGCCGGUGCGGGAUUUCUUGAAAAGGUGAGGACGACGCACAGUUUCUCCCGUUUCGUCUCAUGUUUAUGCUUGGUUGGAAAAACGCCCUUGCACGCGGUGUACAUGUACCCUCGGAUGCCCGGAGGCAGCAGACAUCUGACCUUUUCCGAAGCUGCCGGCUCUGAGGCUAGUCUCAUCUCACGCGAUCUUUCGCCCUUGGAACAUAGAACUCUUCCACAACCUGCACAGUCACCGCAGGUCAAGAAAGCAAUUCGAAAGAAAAUGUUUUCAUUGUGGCUCAAUUGUCUUCUAAUCUUCGUACCCAUCGGCGUUUGGGCGUUUUGGUCUGAUAAAGCUCCCCUGGUCAUAUUCAUCACCAAUGCACUAGCGGUUGUUCCACUGUCCUCUUUGCUCACUGGAGCUACUGAGAUGAUUGCAUCUGAUGCAGGCGAUACGGUUGGAGCUUUGCUCAACAUAACAAUGGGAAACCUCGUGGAGCUGAUUUUAUUCAUCGCCCUUAAACACAAUCAGAUCCAAGUCGUUCAAGCGUCAAUCCUUGGCUCAAUGCUUGUCAACUUACUGCCAAUUCUUGGCACCGCCCUAUGUGUCUGUGGAGUAGCGGGACAUGAGCCGAUCUUGGAUACUCCAGAGACUCAACUCCUGAGCUGCCUCCUAUUUGUUUCCGUCUUUGUUCUUCUGAUACCGAACCAUACUCAUAAACACCAGGCCGCCUUCAGCCAUACGUUUCAAGCGCGCGAUGGCGCGAAUGAAGCCAUGUUGACAAUGAGCAGAGCUUCAUCCUUUGUGGUUCUAUUUAUCUACAUGUUCUAUUUCAUACAUGAACUCAGAGAGCAACACAUCUCUGUGAUUCGACACCCAGAUGUGGCGGACCUAGAAGAUGGCCGAGCGAUAGUAUCACCUGACUCUCCAUCACCACCUCAGACCAGUCGUCGUUCGGGUACAUCCAAUGGCACCAACGAAGGCCACUGUGCUACUGAUACCUCCGUCGAGCUCGAAAAUAUUGAUUAUUCCCCACGUUCCGCAUCUUUACGCGAGGAAAGCGAAGAAGAGCGCGGAAGAGAAGAAAACAAGAUCGAACAAAGAGACAGCCGCGAGAGCUCUUGUGAUAGCCUAGAGUCGUUGAGCCGUCAGUCGCUUUGUUCUUCGACUGCGGAUCCUACCCGCUUUGAUAGUACCGGCGCUCAUCGAAGGUCUUGCUCAGAUAGGUUGCGCAUCUUCCAGACCAGCCGUAUGAAAGUCGUAACUCUUCGAGAUCGAGAAAAGAGCUCCCGGAGAUCCUUGGGACAAAAAGCGAUUUCCGUCAUCACCUUAAUCAUAAGCUCGGCCUUGAUGUCGAUGUGUACCGAGUUCCUCGUCGGAACGAUUGAUGACAUAACUCAUCAAGGCCAUCUGUCAGAGUCUUUUAUCGGCUUGAUAAUUCUGCCGGUCAUUGGUAACGUGGCAGAGUAUGUCACUGUCGUGACGAUGGCGUCGAAACAGAAACUAGAUCUCGCCAUCGCGGUUGCAGCUGGGUCAGCCAUACAGAUUGCGCUUUGCGCAGCGCCCAUAACUAUCUUAGCAGGCUGGAUCAUGCACCGAGAUGCAGCUUUUGAUUUCAGCUUGUUUGAAGCGGCUGCCCUCUUGGGCGCAGCCGCACUUUCCACACGACUUCUGCUGAGCGAUGGGCGGAGCAAUCUGAAGAUGCCGGGUAUCAAAGGAACACUCAUGUGUGCAUGUUAUGCAUUAAUCGGGUACGUAUGGCAAUGUUUGAUCUAUAUCAAGUUCUAG